CGCAUUUCAUUAUUGUCGACCGCGCGCGGAAAACGGCACUGCCGGCGUGUGUAUUGUUUCGUUUCGAAUUUUCUAUCCGUUUCAUAGUUUUUUGGGGUGGUACCGAGUGGUGUGGUUGGAGCAGAUUUGGUUUGGGGACCCUGACUGGAAGGACAUUCGGAGAUUUGCGGGCAAAGUUGAAGGGGAUUUUGGUGAACCGUUGGAUGCUGGCGUACAGAGACGUAUUGUGUUGUGCAGUGUAUCAGUGAAUUUCAAGAAGACAAACCUGGUGACGUUUGGGAUGAUGCAUUUCAGACUGGCAGCCAUCGUGCUGCUAUCGGCAGCCGUUUUGGCUGCUAAGGAGCCACAAAAGCCUAAACCUACCAAGGCCACACCUGUGACUGCUUCACCAAAAGCACCAGCCAAAACCCCGCACGGAAAACGUGAAGCCCCGGUCGGAUACGGUCACAUGGAUUACAUCCCACCAAGUCAUCCCGGAUACAGUUAUGGCAUUGCGCAGCCCUCGUUCAACUUGCCACAGUACUCGGGCCACAAGUACUUUGGCAUGCCGUCGUACAAGUUUGCUGCCGCUCCGCAGAGUUCAUUUUUUGCUCCGGUCAGCCAGCAUGGGUUCAAUUCGCUCGCGGACAGUUCGGUAAAGUAUAGCAUUGGCUCGAAGGAACUUGCCGAGCUGAUCAAGGCGCUGCACUCACCGAGUCCAGCAAUUUCGAUCAAGGCCGUCCCCACGGGUCAUGGUUGGGAUACACCGUACAGUUAUGACGCGUUUGCCCACUAUAAGCCAACAAUGUACAAAGUUCAUGAGAUAUCUCCGUCUUAUGGAGCUCCGUUGGCAACACCCUACCUUCCACCGAGUUAUGGUAUUCCACAACAACUAUCAGAACCAACGUAUCCCACUGGAGCAAAGGGAGUUAGGCACUACGCAUCAUCGGUCAAUGCACCCGUUCCGGACAUCUACUCCGGAAACAAGUACAUAUCGGCCAUCAAGCCAAUCAACGUCCAAACUCCGGCCCAGGUUGUAUCCCCGUUGCACACCUCGAUCCACGCCCAGAAACCAUUCAAACCUUCAACCUACCUUGGAUCUUCCAACGAUAUCUCCGAUUAUACCCAAACCCAGACACCCACCUCAUCAUCCGCUCACAAUGCUUACCUUGCCCCUACUCUGCAGUACCUUCCGCCAGCCAAACCUCAGAACAAAAUAACCUUUGACCAGCCCUCCAAGUCCUACCUGCCGCCAGUACCAGUCAAAACCAACAACGGAUAUCUACCACCGCCAAAACCGGCCAACACGUACCUCCCAGUAGCAUCUCCCAACCACAACUACAUUCCGGUGAGCUCGAACGAUGACAACGUCAAGCACUACCAACACCUGCAACCACCGCACAGCUCGGAAGAGUCCAACGAGUCUGCGUACGAUUACCACGCGUCGGCCCCGUCCGGAUCUACGGCCAAGCCUCACCACCACCCGUGGCAACCUUAGACGAUGGGACGCUGUCCUGCCGUCGAUCACGCCCGGCUGCGGAAGAUCAUCCAAAGACUUUAAUAUAUUUUGCUGUUGUUGAAACUCCGCGGUGAUGACGCACCUUCUGCCACACUCCCAACGCAAGCAUUUAAUCUUAAACUUUUGCCCGAUAAGUUAUUGUUCCCUUCUGAAGCUUACCUUAAGUUUAAGAGAUUCAUGUCCAAAUGUGAUGCACUGAACACUGAACAAACGCCAUCCGGAUAGGGUCGUAAUAUAUAAUGCCAUUUUCUUUAUAUCGAGCACUGUGAAUGCGGAAUUAAUCAAACGAAAAAAAGGCGCGAUUCUUGCGCAACGAAGUGAACUAAUCUUACAGAAUUACGGAUGAAGUAAUUCUAGCGAUAGGUUUACCGAGCGAUUGCUCCGAGUGUAUAUUUAAUUGACCGAAUUGUACUUGUUGAUUUAACGUAAGAAGAAAGAAAUAAAACAUGAAUAAAUACAUACAAGAAAAA